AAAAACCAGACAAGGGAAGAGACAUUCAGCCGCAGAAAAAAACUGUCUCAAUGGAAAAAAUGAAAGCAGCGGUGGCUCCUCCUUCGCCCUCGCCGACGAAGAAGAGGUCACAGCCGACGAAGAAGAGGUCAUUCAAAACCAAUCCUCACCCCACUUACGUGAAAAUUCGUGCUCUUGUUAAAGAGAUUAGUCAUCACGUUAUAGAGGUUCUCAAAUAUCCUGACAUCAAAAAGUGCGAGUCAUCCCGUGAUGUUGAAGAAAAGUUGAAGAUGCUAACUAAUUUAUAUGAAAGCUUGCAAGCGGAGGGUUUUUCACCGAAAGGGAAGAAGCUACGACGAUCUGGAAUUAAGCUUGAUCCACCAUCAGUUUCUGGCUCUCAGAAGCUGUUUAGAGAUGGACUUCCAGAGACAUACAUAGUUGGAGCAUCUGUAUUUGGCUGGAAUUUUAUCACCUUUUUGGGAAAACCACCUGUCUAUUAUGGUAGGUCAAAGGCUGAAUAUCGUGCUGGAAAAGUUUCUAAGUAAUCCUACGAAGCUUUAAACCCCUCUUAAUAAUGUAUGAGUUCUUAAACAUUUCUUUAAUAAUAAACUCCUUUUAAGAUACAAGACACUUUAUGGUUCUGAGAUGGGUUAGAUUUUAAUAUUGAAAGCAAAUGUAUCUUAUGUGGAAACUUUUAUUCAAUA